GCUAAAGUAUAGUUCAGCCUCAGCCUAUUUUGCAGAUACAUAUAAUUAUUAAUUGGCUCUUGCUUUGAUACAGACUGAUCAAUUUAUAUUGUUUGAAUUUCUAUACUGUAACUUAUGCAAUUUGUGUUUGAGGAACUGAACAUGUACUACUGGUGUAUCAUCUCAUUAGACUUUUGCAAAUCUAUUUAUGUAUUUUGAGCCUCAUAUUUUGUCACUAUUCAUGCAGGUUUACACCUGAUGCUGCAAACUCUUUACCUGAUUUUUUUAUAUAACCAAAGCUAGAUGGUUGUUUAAUUGAUUCUGCUUAAGAUGUUAGUUCAAGUCUGUUUGUACUCUGUCUUCCAUACCUAAAAUUUAUAUAAGCUUACUUGUCAACUAUACUUUGUGUGUGUGUGUAGCAGCUAAUAGGCUUGUUUGCAUCUGACUGAUAAAGUCAAGGGCGGAUUCAGGAUUUCAUCUAAGGGGGGCGCAAGAGAUAUUUGGGGAAGGUAUUUUUUAACCUCAGUGGAACUUCUAGAAUUUAUCUCAUUAUUGCUCCUUAAAUCCAUUGUGUUCUAUCUGGUCAACGCCAGCUUGAAAAAUAAAACAUAGAAAAUGCUCAAGAGAUCCUCAGAAAGACAAUAUUUUAUUAUAUAUGAGAACAAAAUAAUUUCGUGGCAUUUAUAAUUAACUAGUGUAAUAAUAUUAAAGAAUAAAACAAAAAACUUCAUUGCUCUGUUAACUGAAAAAAAAAACAUUCUGAGGGAUCCCAAGGCAUAUCCCAGUGCAUUCCACACAAAACAAUGGCGAAAACGAAAAUCACAUUAUCUUAUUAACGCUAGACGAAACCAAGAAGGAUGUCUAUAGACCAUCUAUACAUCGCGUCUUGAGACCGUCUCCAGACUGCCUAUAGACAAAUGUUGCGCAUUAUAAUUGUCACAGUUAUUCUUCAGACUUUCGUUGUACAACUUAGAUUUACGGCAUGGUUGUUGUUUUCUCAGUUUUCGAAUCGGUGUUGAUCGCAUGUAAAAAUGUUGGAAAUCUUAAAAAAAAAACUAUAUCUGUUAGAUAGUAAUUAUUUUGAUAAUGUAUCUUUGAACAAAAUGAGAACAGGAAUACAGGGCUGUACAUAUUCACGUGAGGUGGAGGAGCUCUGUGAUUUAAACGAAUUCAGUAUGCGCGGGAAGAGAUGCGGAACGUGUAGUUUUGACUUUGAGCAUCUAUGGACGCAUUUUCUGGACAGGCCACAGGCGCACCGCUAAACAAAUAUCAUAAAUGACUUUUUUAGGGGUUCAUCUAACAUAGUACUUCACUGCAAUACAAACCACGAACAAAAUCAGUCAAGCUUUACACACUAUUUAAAUUACUAUUGAGCAACAAACAGAACAUAAAUGACUUUUUAAGUGCACUCUGUAUAGCUAAUAUAUUAGUCAGAUUUGUCACUAGUCACAAUAUUCGUAUAUAUCGUAUAAAUCGUAAGAAUUGUGCUGUAAACGUAAGUGAUGUCAAAGAGGGACAGCGUUUGGAAUUCCAAAGGAUACCAAAAAGUCGCAAUGCUCAGUUCCUAUAGUUAUAACUUAUAGUUAGUAUGUCUCUGUCGCCAUGAUGUGUCAGAAUGUAACACAAUGAUGUUAGAUUACAAAAUCAAGUAUCAGACGUCUUGGAGGGGGGCGCGCGCUGGAUAACGUCAUUUCCAAAAACACUACAUUAUGCUUCAGGCAUAAAUUUCACUAUUGUUUAGGUUAAUAAAGAUUGUUCCUAAUAUCUCAUUAUACUUAUUUCCCCAGGAUGCAUUUAUCAAAAUUGGAAAAACAGAAGGCCUUACGUCACUUUGGAGUGGUUUGAGCCCAACGUUAGUACUUGCCAUUCCAGCCACUAUAGUAUAUUUUGUAGUUUAUGAACAACUUAGACUUAAAUUGAAAGAUGUUCAUAAUAAAAAUAUACUUGGAGAAAAGGAGCAACCAUUCUGGAUACCCUUAGCUUCUGGAGCAAGUGCUAGAGUCAUUUCAGCUUCUGUUGUUAGUCCAUUAGAACUAAUUAGGACUAAAAUGCAGUCACAGAGACUUAAUUAUUUUGAGAUAGGGCAAGCUUUGAAAAGCCUAAUAGAAACAUCUGGUUAUAAAGGACUUUGGAGGGGAAUAUUUCCAACAUUAUUCAGGGAUGUUCCAUUCUCUGCCAUCUAUUGGACGAGUUAUGAAAGUAUUAAAUCAUUUUGCAAUGGUCAUAGCAAAGUUCCAUCUUUGCAGAUCAGUUUCUUUGCUGGUUUUGUAUCUGGAUCAAUUGCAGCAAUGGUAACUACUCCAUUUGAUGUUGUCAAAACUCACCAACAAAUUGAGUUUGGUGAGAGUAAAUUAUAUGGAAACAAAUCUCAAAGGGUGAGAACUACAUCAGAAGUAUUCAGACAGAUUUACCGACAGUAUGGUAUCAGAGGCUUGUUCACAGGGACUGUGCCCAGGGUAGUGAAGGUGGCACCAUCUUGCGCUAUCAUGAUAUCCUCAUUUGAAUAUGGAAAGGUCUUCUUCAACAGGUUAGCCAACAAAUAUUCGCAUCUAGACGAAGUUGACACGGUUGAUGGAAAAGUGAAUCACGUCGCUACUACCUCUAAUAAGCAGUCUUUUAAAGAAAGUAAUCUACUGGGUCAGCACUCGUCUAAGACAGAUGUAUUGUAAAUGGUCUUUUAGGUUGGGUUUUUAUUAUCGGCAAAUAAAUUUUUUGUUAGAAUGAUA